AUGCUUUCUCUUGGGCUGCCCUUCCUUCUGCCUAUUGCUGCAGUCUAUGCGUCGCCUACCGCUCGAAACGUCAAGGAUGUCUGCUCCCAGAUAGCCAGCGCCGUGUCAAGCGCCUCGGACGUCUAUCAACCGCUAUCUAUCCAGUACGAAAGCGACAUUGCGCACUGGGCUUUCUCUAGCACCCAGAGGGCAACGUGCUCUGUUCAACCCGGCACCGCUGAGGACGUCGGCAAAAUUCUCCAAAUUGUCGGCUCGACGAACACAUCGUUUGCCGUCAAGGGCGGAGGCCAUGCCUCGAACCCUGGAUUCUCGUCGACUACAGGCGUGCAUAUCUCGAUGGCCCGUUGGAGCAACGUCACCCUCAGCGACGACAAGAGCACAGUGGAGGUGGGCGCUGGUCUCAUAUGGGACGACGUCUACUCCGCAUUGGAAGAUACCGGGGUGAAUGUCGUCGGCGGUCGUGUACCGGGCGUCGGUGUGGCGGGGUUCACACUAGGCGGUGGAUACUCGUGGAAGACUAGCCAGUACGGUCUGACCAUCGACAACAUUGCCGCAUACGAGCUCGUGCUUCCGAACGGUACCGUUACAACGGUUACUGAGAAGGAUGAAGAUCUUUGGUUCGCGUUGCGCGGUGGCGGAAAUAACUUUGGCAUUGUAACCAAGUUUACGCUCGUGACCCACCCUCAGUCUGAUAUGGUCUGGGGUGGACUGCUUACCUUCACCGAGAACGCUAUGGAGGCGAUUAGUGCCGCCACUGCGAACUUCUCGGCAACCAAUACCGACACGAAGGCUGCCAUUCUGCCCGCUUACAAUCAUGUUCUCGGUGCUCCUGGUAUCUCGUUAAUCCUCUUCUACGACGCCCCUGAACCCCCUUCUGGCCUCUUUGAUGCGUUCCUUUCCGCUUCACACUUCACAUCGGAUGUCAAGGCGAGGAAGUUCGCCGACCUCAUCCAGUCGGUUCCAGCCACUAACCCUCUCGAGGGUCCUCGUGCUGCCUUCAUGACCUCCUCUGUUUUGGCAUAUACGCCAGCAAUACUUGACAUGAUCGUCAACAUGACGAAGGUCGUUGGUCUCGAGCUCGCUUCUCUUGACACGGCACCCUUCAUCUCGUUUGACAUCGAGCCCUUCGACUCCAACCUCCUCUCUCACGGCGCUCCUUCUGCCUACCCGCCGGAUCGCUCUCGUGGCCUGUUACCAACGAACCUAUACUUCUCCUGGGAGCUUCCGAGCCUUGACGCAAAGAUCCAGGGCAUCAUGAAGGAUCUCUCCAGCCAAAUCACUGCGCAGGCGGUGGCCGAAGGCCAGGACGUCGCCGACGCGUUCAUCUACAACAACUACGCUUUGGCAGACACCCCGCUCGAGGCGAUCUUUGGCGAUAAUGUCGCGCGGUUGCGGUCUAUUCAUAACGCUGUGGACCCCAGCAACGUGAUGGGUUUGGCAGGAGGAUUCAAGUUCUAA